AUGACGACCGCUCCAAGAACGAUUCACGCUUAUGCCUGUUUUGGUAAAGAUGAAGAAGUCAAGCCUUGGGAAUAUCAGUCACGUCCACUUGGUGCCAGUGACGUUGAGAUCAAAAUCUCCCACUGUGGUAUCUGUGGCUCUGACUUGCACACUAUUGAGAGUGGUUGGCGUCCAUCGACGUAUCCGUGUGUUGUGGGUCACGAGAUUGUCGGUGAGGUGACGUUGGCUGGUCCCGAUGUUAAAGAUCUAAAGGUCGGUGACCGUGUGGGUGUCGGUGCUCUUGCGUGGUCUUGUCUGAACAAGGACCCGUCGGUUCCAUGCAAGGAGUGCUCAAGUGGUGACGACGCCUACUGCGCGCAAAGGGUCUGGACCUACAACGGCACGUACAAGAAUGAUGGAGCGACGUCGUAUGGAGGCUAUGCUGAUUACGUUCGUGUAGCCCACGAGUUUGCUUUCAAAAUCCCGGACAAUAUUCCGUCCGACGUUGCUGCACCGUUGUUAUGUGCCGGUGCUACAGUGUUUACACCGCUCAAAGAAGCCGGUGUAAAGCCUGGUAAACGUGUCGGCGUCCUGGGCAUCGGUGGUCUUGGGCAUUUGGGUAUACAAUUUGCUAAUGCCAUGGGUGCCGAUGCUGUGGUGGCCUUCUCUCGUUCAGCAAACAAGGAGAAGGAAGUCCGUGACUUGGGUGCAACAGAAUUUGUGGUGUAUACGGACGAAAAGCAAGCCGAAGCUGCUGCCGGCUCAGUGGAUGUACUAUUGAUUUGUGCUAGUGCUGAAAACAUGCCAUACACGCUCUUUUUGAGCUUUCUAGCUGUGCGUGGGUCGUGUAUUAUGGUGGGUCUUCCAAACGACGAUGUCAAGUUCAGCCCUUUCAGCGUUGUCAGCAAGGGUGCUAAGUUUGUGGGAAGCAAUGUUGGUAGCAUUCAGGACAUUAAGGAUAUGUUGGACGUGGCGUCGAAGAAGAACGUGCGUGCUGUGAUCCAGAAGCUGCCGAUGUCCAAAGCGAACGACGGUAUAAAGAUGGUGCGUAAUGGCACGGUGCGCUAUCGAGUGGUGCUUGAGAACUAG